UACUCCGUACAUUAUUACAUCUGCAUUUCUGGACGGUAAUGGCCAAUACACGAAUGGCGAGGCCAAGCCUGUAACGUAUUGAUAUCCGUGUAUCAAUACGUAAUUUAUCGAACAAUCGAACCAGACGAUACCGCCAGCCGCCAGCUGGUGCAGGUGAGUUCGGAGCGGUCUGUCUGCAGACACCGGACAACGUUUUGUGGCUUGAAAGCGCUCGCUCUAAAUGGAGCCUUUUUGGAUACCCAUCGGGGAGGAGAUGUGAAAUGUGGCCUGCUGGAUGGAGCCUCCAUGAUGAGAAGCAGCACAGAGCACUUGGGCUGCUUUGUGGAGUAUAUAUAUUUAUUUAUGCGGUUUCAGUAUCCUAGAGCAAGCUGUCAAGAGCUGCCCUACCUUGAGCCACGGAGUAGCUCGGAGAGAUUGUCAAGCUGACAGACCAAGCAAACCCAGCCAGCCAGCGUCGUUCAGCACUGGGAGCGCCUUUACUGAGAGGAGAGUCAGUCAGUCAGGUACCGGGCAACCUCCUACCAAAGCCAGGGGUGACGAAAAUGCCGGGAAAACGAGAAUUAGCCGUCAUUUCAAAAAGGUACAUUUAAAUACGGGCUAUCCUUGCGCCGGCGCGCAUAGCAGAGACCAGUCAAGGCGUUCCGGAAGUGGCUUUUCGCAAGAAGGACACCAGCCGGUGCAACGGAGAGCACGUCUCUGACUGGCUGGUGAGCGGGAGCUUGUGGUUUGCCAGCAUAGGCUUCGACUGGUGAGUUCGACGAUGCGCCGAUACCACUUGGCAUCCUGUUUCUGGAGUGUUUUUUCACGCGGGAAGCUCUGCCAUUCUGUAACCCCAGUGGUCCAGCGAACGAGCACUGGCCACUACCGAGCGGGCUGGGAGGUAAUUUAAUGUUGACGGCGCCGCCAUCAAUACCCGCAGAUACCUUGGUACGGUAUACAGAUACCCGACCCGCAGCCCCGGCCGGGAAGCCCUGCUCGAAGGUGGAGCCUGCGCUGGAAUUUCCUCGAGGCGAGCAUCAACUCCCCCGCCCGUCAAGCGGUGCCGUCGUGGUGGACACAGCCGUACUGCAUGUAUACCGCUAAACAGGGCGGCUGUAUUGGGCGCUCUCCUCUUUUCUCCUCUUUCUCGUUUUCCUCUUCUUCUCGCUGUUUUCCCGUUCUUCUUGCUUCUUCUCUUUUGCUUCCGUUCCUCAACCUCACCACCACCCUCUCCCAUCCCUCCUUCGCCGACACACUCGACGUCCAAACCAUCUUGGGUGCUGGAAUUGCGCCCUCUCUCCCGUCGCCUCUGUUGGGACCGCAUCCGGUUCUCGUUUGCUGUUCAGCUUCCAUCAAUUCAACACCAGUACCAGGUUGCUGACUUCCAAAGUCGCCUAAUUGUCAAAAUAUCCACUCGAAUCAGCGCGAAAGGAUAUCCGGGAUCAAGACUCUGGCUCCACACAACACAACGAAUAUCCGUCUGACCUACUGAUCAAUCCCAUCGAUCGAGCGUCUACAUAUCGUCCUACCAACAACUCCACGCCACGCAUGAGCAUAUUCACAUCCAACUCUGCACCUUCCACUCCGACAUAUAAUACGAGAAGCUCCCAACCAAUUACACCGAUUUGAAUUUCGAUAUCGACUGGUCUCCGCCUGGGCCUGUAUUCUGGAUUGAGUGGGUUGCAGUGGUACUCGAAAUUCCGACAUCCUGGUUUCCUUAAGUCUUGGAAAGCCGUAUAUUUAAUUGUUCAUCCGUCCUCAUCAACAUUUUAAAUUUGCCUGAAUGCCCAUCUAAGUCGCUCCCGUUACCGAUACUAUGACUGAGCCAACGACUCCCGCGAAGAACGGCGCGGAGAAAGACGACGGACUUGGAAAGUACAUGAAGCGGGUGAAGACCGUGCUCAAGGGUCGAAAUAGAGCAUCCGUUUCGAGCAUGACGGACAUUAUCGGCGAAUCCAGCAAAGCUGGAGAGAAAGCAGCAGUUACUUCUAGCAAGCCAGCCGCAACUACCGUGAAGAAGACCUCUGCAGAGCCUGUACAGGUUCAUCAAUGGAGCACCCUCCAGCAAGAGAAAGCGCGUGCUUUGUUCGCCAAGUACGGGUUGACUUUGGAGCCGAGCGAAUGGAUGUCGAAACCUGCGGACCGGAGCGUGCAGCGAGUUGAGAAGCCGGUCCGUAUGAGAGUUCGCCGCAACUGCCAUCGCUGCCUCACCACCUUCGGUGCGGACAAGGUGUGCGCGGGCUGCCAGCACUUGCGAUGCAAGAAAUGCUUCCGCUACCCGCCUGCGAAGCCCAAGGACGGAUGCCUUGAGAAAGACAAGGCCAAGGCAGCAGAUGUCCCUAAGAAAGCUGUUCUUACGAUUCCCUCACGCACGGGAGGCCAAGAUCUCGUCCGCAAGCCGAUCAGACAGCGAGUCCGCCGCACCUGUCAUCACUGCCAGACGCUGUUCAUUGGAGAUGCCACUGUGUGUUCAGAGUGCGAGCACAUUCGCUGCAAGAAGUGUCCUCGAGAUCCACCGAAACUGAAUAAGUAUCCCGAUGGUUACCCUGGAGAUGUCGAACCGCCCUUCGAGCCUCAAGAACGCGUCUGGCGGAAACCGAGACGCCGGGUAAGAUGGACAUGUCACAAUUGUUCGAAGUUGUUCCAGGCGGGAGACAGGGUUUGUCCAAGCUGUCAGCAUGAGCGGUGCUCGGAUUGUAUUAGAGACCCACCAAAGAAGAUCAAACCCGAACCAGAUCCGGAACUUCUCCGACGAGUGGAAGAGCGGCUUGCUAAGGUAUCGAUUUCUGCGUCAACUUAGCAGCUCGUAUAGGUAGUAGCCCUGGGCAUUUUCACCGUGUUUUCUUAUUUCUGAAUCACCGUCCGUCCAUGCUGUUGCCCACUUUUUCUCCUUGUUCAUUUUGAGUAACUAUUUCCUUAUGCGAUUUUGACUCAAUCUUUUCUCUUCUCCGCGAUCUAUGCUCUUAAUUUCUCAUCUCGGCACUCCCCAUCUAUAUCUAUAUCUCUAUCUGCAAUCUUGCUUGUCCAGCUUUUCCUCCCGCAUUUUUGUCCACCCCCACGACCCCUUGAUGACCCUAACGGUACUUGAGCGAACAAUCAAAAUUCACUUUGCCCCGUAAUAAAGCAAUCAGCCAAUCCAGCAGCUUCUUGUCCCUCUCAAUUCAUUCAUUCAUUCAUUUCAUUCAUUUAUUCAUUCAUCCAUAUCUCUUUUCCCGAAAGCGUUCUGCAGCUCUCCCGCUACUACCCCCUUUAUCCUUUUCCCUUCUAUACCCAACAUUAUUAGAUAACCAAGUAUCUCUAUAUGUUACCUUGAGAGAAUUGAUCUAUUGGUGAAUUUCUUUGUCGAUAUAUAUACACUCCUCCCCCGGCCUACUAUUUCACAGCGUCUCACGUUUCCACGCGCCUUCAUCCUCAACUUGUCUUGCAUAUGGAUUCUCAACGUGUGUUGGACAACUCUCGCUAUUCUUUUUCUACGUUUCACACUCUUAUCUUCCUAUAUCCUCUCCCGAACGCACCAUCAACUCAAAUUUGAGGAUACUUGUUCCUUUUUUACACAUAUUUGACUCAUUCUUGGAAAUACCCACUACCCAAAUUUAGUAAACGAAUGAACUUGUUAUCUAUCGCCAGCUCUCUCGCCAGUUGAUAUAUGUGAUACUGUCUUAACCAAAUACUGUGUCUCAAUUUGAUAUAUUCCUGUGACUCCUUUCCCACUGAACCCUCCUUACUAGUCAGAGGCUGGGGAGCGGGCAGCGUACGUAUAGAUGGAUAGUUUUGCUAGUUGAGGGAAACGCAAACCCAU